AUGAAGCGCAUUGCGGAGCGCCAGAUCCAGCGCGAGGACGGAAGCGACCCGCACGCUGUAGCCGCAGAAGGGGCCGAUAAUGUCGGGACACAGGAGCGACCGAUGCGUGGCUUGCCGAAGCGCAAGAGCGCGACGGUGCAGAGCCCAUCGGUAGAGGCACCGAAACCAAAUCCAUUUGCGGGGAUCUUUGCUGGAGCAUCCAGCUCUCCGUUUACUGGGGUACAAUUGAACUCAAAUGCGCUCAGUGUAGGUACGACGUCGUUCGCAGGCGCAAAACCAAAUGCUUCCACGUCCGUGUCGAACUCGCACAGCGCCAGCUCCAGAGACCUUGUGUCUGCCGAUGCUGUGUUGGUGCCUUCGCAGGACACACUUGUCGAAUUUUACACCGCGCUACGUGGGCUGAACUGGUCGUUGAUCAAAGAGUUUGUGCAUUUGCUCAACAAGUCCAGCGACUGUGCAGAUUACACGCCGCUGUUGGAGAGUAUCUGCACGCAAUAUAAGCACCAUCACGAAGAGGUUUCUCGCAGGUGGCUUCCACAGAAACAUCUUGCAGUCCCUCCGCCCGAGCCCGAGCCCGAGCCCGACGCGGUGUCAGCGACCGUGCCCGUCAAGAGCGCAGUUUCCACGGAUGAGGCCAAGCAUACGGGCCGUGAGUAUACUACAGGUACUUUUUCCAGUCAUCAGCCUGAAAGUACGUCACUUGGAGCGGAUUGCGCUACACCGAAAUCGCCGUCUUCGCAGCUGCCCCAAGUCAUAGCAGACGCACCGCUGGGCGGCGGAUUCUCAUCGCGUCCUUUUAAUGCGCGUACCACGGGCAGCAUAUCUGAGGCGCAAGUGGAAAGAAAUUUGUAUACGGAAACGAAGCCUCAGCCGCCGCAAUUUAGUGCAAUCUCUUUUGAUGCUGCCGCGAAAAACGCGUCUCCGUUUUCUUCGGCAAAAGAUAUGAGCAAGGAUGCGGAGCGUGCGUCACUGCAAAAAAAUACACCGAAAACACCGGCUUUCCCUGUAUCUGGUGGCUUUUCUUUUGCAGCGCCCAAGGCGGACAAACAGGUAGAAGCAACGCCGCCAGCAGCGAGUCAUAAGACCGACCCCGGGAUCGCCCAAGCGGACUUCAAGGACGUCGAGGCGGCGCCCAAACCUGCGGCGCCCACGUUUUUUGUACCCAGCGGUGGAUUUGCAUUUGCAGGUACUAAACUGAGCGACGCUGCCAAAACCACGAACGCUACAGACGCCGCGCCGACCGGCCCUGUAUUCGACAUUCCCAAGGGCGGGUUUGCAUUUGCGGGCCACAAAGUAAGCGCUCCCGCGGAUGCCAAGAAAGAGUGCGCGCCUGAUGUCCCUGGUGCGUCCACCGCCACUGACGCCUUUUCUGCCCCUGCGCUCUCCUUUGGCCAGCGCGACGCAGCGCCGGCCGAGUCAUCGCAAAAAACGCCCGAGAAGAACACACCCGUUGUCGGUACUACAAAGCCUAUUACAUUUGGUAGUGCUACACAACCUUCCAUGUCUAACUCAAGCUUCAGCUUUGGCAGUGCGGGCACUUCGCCCUCCUCGACGCAAACAUCGCCGCAUCGCUUCUCGUUCGGGACAAAGCCUGUGGCAGCACCAAAUGACGACACCCCUACUACAUUUACGAAAGCCGCUAUUGGCCCCUCAUUUGCCAACACUACAGGAGUAUCUUCGGGCGGAAAGUUUUCCUUCGGCUCUGCGCCCAUCUCUUUUGGCGCGCCAGACGAAGAAGAGACCGAGCAGGACAGCACGUAG